AUGGUGUAUCCAAACGCACAGCCCCAGACCAACCACUCGGUCUAUCAAUACGCACAGCCCCAGACCAUACACUUGGUGUAUCCAAACACACAGCCCCAGACCAUCCACAUGGUGUAUCCAAACGCACAGCCCCAGACCAUCCACAUGGUGUAUCCAAACGCACAGCCCCAGACCAUACACUUGGUCUAUCCAAACGCACAGCCCCAGACCAUCCACAUGGUCUAUCCAAACGCACAGGCCCAGACCAUACACAUGGUGUAUCCAAACGUACAGCCCCAGACCAUCCACUUGGUCUAUCCAAACGCACAGCCCCAGACCAUCCACUUGGUCUAUCCAAACGCACAGGCCCAGACCAUACACUUGGUCUGUACAAACGCACAGCCCCAGACCAUCCACAUGGUCUAUCCAAACGUACAGCUCCAGACCAUACACUUGGUCUAUCCAAACGCACAGGCCCAGACCAUACACAUGGUGUAUCCAAACGCACAGCCCCAGACCAUCCACUUGGUGUAUCCAAACGCACAGCCCCAGACCAUCCACUUGGUGUAUCCAAACGCACAGCCCCAGACCAUACACUUGGUGUAUCCAAACGCACAGCCCCAGACCAUACACUUGGUCUAUCCAAACGCACAGCCCCAGACCAUCCACUUGGUGUAUCCAAAUGCACAGCUCCAGACCAUACACUUGGCCUAUCCAAACGCACAGGCUCAGACCAUACACAUGGUGUAUCCAAACGCACAGCCCCACACCAUCCACAUGGUCUAUCCAAACGCACAGCCCCAGACCAUCCACAUGGUGUAUCCAAACGCACAGCCCCACACCAUCCACAUGGUCUAUCCAAACGCACAGCCCCAGACCAUCCACAUGGUGUAUCCAAACGCACAGCCCCAGACCAUCCACAUGGUCUAUCCAAACACACAGCCCCAGACCAUCCACUUGGUGUAUCCAAACGCAAAGCCCCAGACCAUCCACAUGGUGUAUCCAAACGCACAGCUCCAGACCAUCCACAUGGUGUAUCCAAACACACAGCCCCAGACCAUACACUUGGUCUAUCCAAACGCACAGGCCCAGACCAUACACAUGGUGUAUCCAAACGCACAGCCCCACACCAUCCACUUGGUCUAUCCAAACACACAGCCCCAGACCAUCCACAUGGUCUAUCCAAACACACAGCCCCAGACCAUACAAUUGGUCUGUACAAACGCACAGGCCCAGACCAUACACUUGGUGUAUCCAAACGCACAGCCCCAGACCAUCCACUUGGUGUAUCCAAACGCACAGCUCCAGACCAUACACUUGGUCUAUCCAAACGCACAGCUCCAGACCAUACACUUGGUCUAUUCAAACGCACAGGCCCAGACCAUACACAUGGUGUAUCCAAACGCACAGCCCCAGACCAUCCACUUGGUCUAUCCAAACGCACAGCCCCAGACCAUACACUUGGUGUAUCCAAACGCACAGCCCCAGACCAUCCACAUGGUCUAUCCAAACGCACAGCCCCACACCAUCCACUUGGUCUAUCCAAAAGCACAGCCCCAGACCAUCCACAUGGUGUAUCCAAACGCACAGCCCCAGACCAUCCACAUGGUCUAUCCAAACACACAGCCCCAGACCAUCCACAUGGUCUAUCCAAACACACAGCCCCAGACCAUCCACAUGGUCUAUCCAAACACACAGCCCCAGACCAUACACUUGGUCUGUACAAACGCACAGGCCCAGACCAUACACUUGGUGUAUCCAAACGCACAGCCCCAGACCAUCCACUUGGUGUAUCCAAACGCACAGCCCCAGACCAUCCACUUGGUGUAUCCAAACGCACAGCCCCAGACCAUACACUUGGUCUACACAAACGCACAGCCUCUUUUCAAGCGGGAGUCUGUUCAUUUUGAAAGAGAAAGUUUGUUGCUAGGGUUUUUAUGGAAUUAUCAAGUGGAUUGA